AUGGAAUGGUGGGGCUUCAAGAGGCGAUUGAUAUUUUCACUAGAAACAAUUAAACAAUUUCUUUCUUUCUCUUUAUUUUCUCUUUUAACAAGUUUUCGCCUGAAAUGCCACGAUUCCUCCUUGAUUUUUCCCCGUUCAUACUCUUUUUUUUCAUCGUUUUUUCUUCUUUUUUUCUUCUUCUUUUAUCUUGACUUGCACACCACGUUUCGUCUCUUUAACUCUCUCUGCACAUGCGAUAGGGUCAGUCAUUAUUCUUCUGGGGUUCAGUCUUUCUUUGUGCUCAGCCUACUCUACCCUUACAUUGCUAUCUAUCCACCACUACCACCAUCCGUUGUCUUUUCGCCUUAUUUCCUUCUUUCUUUCGUCUCUUUUCUUUCAUUCUUUCUUCACUUAGUCUUAUUCUCUCAUCUGCAUGACACGCCUUUCUUCUUUCGUUCGCCAAUCCAUUUAUUUGUUCACACAUUCAAUUUCAUUUAUCAAUUCACGAAAGCUCAAUAUCGAAACUCUUUCGCCUUAACAUCAGCUCCAAACUCUUGUCAGCUCUUGAAGAUUUAUUCCUUACUCUCUAUUUUUUUUCUCUUUCUUAACAAGUCUUCGCUUGAGAUACCUUGA